AUGGCUCCCGCCGCGAAGAGUGGUUUGGCCGUCGGUCUGAACAAGGGGCACAUCGUCACCAAGCGGGAUUUGCCGCCCCGUCCAUCUGACAGAAAGGGGAAAACAAGCAAGAGGGUUCAUUUGGUGAGGAACCUUAUCAGGGAAGUUGCUGGAUUCGCACCGUACGAGAAGAUGAUCACUGAGCUUUUGAAGGUCGGUAAAGACAAAUGA